GUCCAUCCGUUCCAAAGGUUUUCCAAACCAAUCCAUCACGAUGAUCACUUUACAAGAUUCAUCUUAUUCAAGUUUUUUUUUGCAAUCAUUUUGCAUAAAUUUUCCCAACAAAGAUUUAAUUUUUUUGAUCCUUUAAUCAUACCUUCAAUGGCGUCUUCUUCAACGUCAUCCGUUAACAAGAGCUUUAAGUAUGAUGUAUUUUUGAGUUUCAGGGGCGAAGACACUCGUACGAACUUCGUUGAUCAUCUUUAUCAUGCUCUCCAGCAGAAAAGCAUUCUUACUUACAAGGACGAUGAGAGAAUCAAAAAAGGUAAAAAGAUUAGUGAUGAUCUCAUCGGAUCCAUUGAAGAUUCGAGAUUUUACAUCAUUGUUUUCUCCAAGAACUAUGCGUCUUCAUCGUGGUGCUUGGAUGAGCUUGUGAAGAUAUUGGAGUGCCACAGGACGACAGAGCAUACUGCAUACCCUGUCUUCUAUGAUGUGGAACCCUCCGAAGUCAGAAAACAAAGUGGGGCGGUUGGAGAAGCCUUUGCCAAGUACGAAAUGGAAGAGUCUGCUGGGAAAUGGAGAGUGGCUCUGAAAGAAGCAGCGGAUCUUGCUGGGUGGGAGUUGAAGAAGACUGCUGAUGGGCAUGAAGCUAAGUUCAUCCAAAAAAUUAUUGAAGAGCUUUCAUUAGAGCUACGUUGCUUCAGUUUCAACAUUGAUGAAAAGUUGGUAGGAAUGGAGACCCAGAUCAAAAAUAUUGUACUAUCGUUAGGAACUGGUUGUGAUGAUGUCCGCAUGAUCGGGAUCAAGGGGAUGGGAGGUGCUGGAAAGACAACUUUAGCAAGAGCUCUCUUUGAUCAAAUAUCCUUUCAGUUCGAAGGUAAAAGCUUCGUGGAGAAUGUCAGGGAAGUUUCAAAUGCUUCUUUGUCCGGUUUGAAGUCUUUGCAAAAACAAGUCCUUCGGGACGCCUUAAAUGAUAAUAACAUCAGAGUAAGUAGUGUUCAUGAAGGGAAAAGCACCAUGAAGAAGAUGAUGCCUAAUAGGAAGGUUCUUAUUGUUCUAGAUGAUGUGGAUCGUAUAGACCAGCUUGAGGUGUUAGCAGGUGAGCCUAACUGGUUUAAGGCAGGAAGUGUAAUUAUCAUUACAACAAGAGAUGAGCAAGUGCUGGUAGCACACCGAGUGAAGUUCAUUCAUGAUGUCAAUCUGCUAUCAGAUAAGGAGGCAAUUUGCCUCUUCAGUAGGUUUGCAUUUGGGAGAGAUAUACAAAUUCAAGGGUAUGAAGAGUUAUCAAGAAAAGUUGUACGUUAUGCGGCUGGUCUUCCCUUGACGAUAAGGGUUUUGGGUUCGUUUCUUUGUGGAAAAGAUGAGCCUGAAUGGAGAGAUGCUCUAGAAAGACUAAAAACGAUUCCGGAAACAGAAACUUUGAAAAAAUUGGAAUUAAGCUAUACAUGUCUAGAGGAGGAUUACAAGGAAAUAUUCCUAGAUGUUGCAUGCAUCAUGAAAGGUUGGCAGAAAGAUAAAGCAAUCAAAGCGCUUGAAAGCUGUGGAUUUCGUGCUAGAAAUGGUUUAAAAGUUCUUCAACAAAAAUCUCUUAUAACUAUUUAUAAGAACUUUGAUGGUGAUCACCUAGGUGUGCAUGACCAUAUUGUAGAAAUGGGCAUGAAUAUUGUUCGUCGUGGGCACCCGGAUGAGCCUCAAAACCAUAGCCGAUUGUGGAAAAUCGAUGAAAUUGAAGAGAUAUUGGUUAAUGAUUUGGGUACUGAAGCAACAAGAUAUAUACAAUUCCACACUAUCAAAUUCAAUCCGCAUAUUUUUAGAAAAGGUUUGAGAAAGAUGAAGGAACUUAGAUUUCUUUCUGUUUGCGGAUAUUGUUCCAGUGAUUUGGAGUUAAGUAUAGUUAGUCCGGAGUUACCAAAUGCUUUACGAUAUCUGCAUUGGAAGGGUUACCCUUUUAGGUCUUUAGCUACAACAUUUCAAGCAAAUAACCUUGUUGCACUUAAGAUGGAUGGCAGCAAAAGAAAGGUUCUUAACAAUCUCAGAUUCCUUAACCUCAGUUCUUCAAGGUUGAGUACCUUUGACCUUGAGCUUACUCCAAAUCUCGAGAAGUUAGAUCUUAAAAUGUCUUAUUGUUUGGAAGAACUUCACAUGGGCAAUGAAUGUCAAAAGCUCACCGAACUCAUAAUUACUCAUUCAAAUUUGAGGAAACUUGACCUUGGGAUGACUCCAAAUCUCAAGAAGUUAAUUCUCACAGAGUGUCGUAAAUUGGUAGAACUUCACACUCCCAUUGGAUGUCUAAAAAAGCUUGUCCACGUAAACUUAAGUGGUUGUUUGAGGUUUAGAUCUUUUAAGUUUAACAUAGAUGAUUAUACUUCUUCUGGUGGUGAUAAGUCACUUGAGGUUGGUCCUUUAGCUGAGUUACAUCUGUUUGUAGAGUCUCUAGAAAGAUGCCAGCUUCACCCUGACAAUAACUUGCCAACAUUUCAGUUUGACUGUGUUUAUACAGAAGAUCGACCCUCAUUGACUAGAAAUCUUGAGAUGCUUUUUUCUGUAGGUAUGUGUGCUUGCACAAACCUUGAGACAUUUUCACGAAGUAUUUGUGGGUUGCAACGUUUAAGAAAGCUUGAACUCAAAGGCAGUUUUCUAGGGGUGAUCAAGGACCUUGACCAGUUAGAAUCUCUUGAGGAGCUAAUAUUGUUGUUUACAAAGAUAAAACAUCUUCCAAAUAGCAUUUUUAAGUUGAAACAUCUGAAAUCCCUCAAUCUUACAUCGGGCGGACUCCUUCCGAACUUACAUGAGAAACAUGGCCGAUUAGAACAUUUAGGGGAGCUAGAUUUGUUAUAUUCAAAGAUUAUUAAACAUCUUCCAGGUAACUUCUGUAUUUUAAAAAGUCUGAAAUCUCCCUAUUUUCUAUCUUGUUGUUUGCUUGAGAAGUUGCCUGAGGAUCUUGGCCAAUUAGAAUGUUUAGAGAAUCUAGAUUUGUCAUGUACAGAGAUUAAACAUCUUCCGGAUAGCAUCUGCAUGUUGAAGCGCCUAAAAUAUCUUAAUCUUAAUGAUUGUUCGCUGCUUGAGAAGUUACCGGAGGAUCUUGACCAAUUAGAAUGUUUAGAGGAGCUAAGCCUUGGGAAGUGUGAAUUGUUAAGAAAUAUCCCAAAUAGCAUCUGUGAGAUGAAAUGCCUAGAAUAUUUCUAUCUCCAUGAUUGUAUUCGAGUUGAGAAAUUGCCUGAGGAACUUGGACGUUUGGAAUGUUUAAAAGAGUUAGAUAUAGAUGGUACAAGCAUAAGUCAUCUACCGCAGAGCAUUCUUUUGUUGAAAGGUCUGCUUGUUAUUGGGUCGAUACAGCUUCUUGAGUCGCAUUCGUUUACACCCAUAAUACAGGCACCCACAAAAAGGCAAAAACACAGAUAUAUAAUGUAUUAUUGUGCACGGGUGCCCAUAAUGCAGGCAUCCACAGCAGGAGUCUCCUCUACAGCGCUCCAGGGAUGAUUUUGGGAAGCUCACCCGGAAAAAAAAAGUCAAAUAGAACUUUUGUAAAAUGUACUUUCUUUGUUUUUUUCAUUCAUCAUGUUACAUUUAUUUCAAUUUUGAAAUUAUUAUGAUGAUAAUUAUUUUUUCAGCCAAAAUCAACAAUUAUAACUAAAAA